AUGGAAAACCUACCUGUCGACUACUUCCUCGCCUUACACGCCUUCACAAAGGUAACGCACCGAGAUAUAUACCCGGAAAUCGAUCCCGCUUCCCCGUCAAAUAGUCAAGCUGGAAAGGUGAUUGUUAUAACUGGUGCGAGUAAAGGGCUUGGGCGUCUGGCAUUUGCAACAUCCUUUGCUAAGGCAAACCCAAAGGGCAUCGUGCUUGCUGCCCGCUCCGCAAUCGCUCUCGUGGAAGUGGUUCAAGAGAUUCAUGCCAUAAAUUCGGAAAUCGAGGUUCUGGCCAUCCCUACGGAUAUCCUCAAACAGGAGGACAUCACAGCUCUAUGGAGAAUGGUAAAGGAGAGGUUCGGACACGCAGAUGUACUUGUCAAUAAUGCCGGAGCAUUCUCAAGCCAAGGUCCCCUGGGCCAAGUCGAGCCUGGGGCCUGGUGGACUGACUUCGAAAUCAACGCCCGUGGUUCCUUCUUAAUGACCCGCGGCUUCCUCGCUCUGCUCAACCACUCACAAAAGGGCACAAUCAUCAACCUCACUACGGGUGCCGCCACCGAAAUCGUGCCCUCGCUAUCCUCUUACUCCCUCUCCAAACUCAUCGCCCUGCAGAUGCAAGGGUUUAUAGCGGCCGAGAAUCCAAACGUCACGGCUGUGGCGCUUCAUCCGGGGAUGGUUAUGACUGAUAUGUCAAUCAAGGCCGGGCUUGAACGAUUUGCUCUGGAUACACCUUCGAUGGUGGGCGGGGUUGCGGUCUGGUUGUGUGCCGGGAAGGCGCCGUGGUUGAGUGGAAGGUAUCUUUGUGCGAAUUGGUGCGUGGAGGAGUUGAAGGGGAGGGAGAGGGAGGUUGUUGAGGGUGGGAAAUUGAGGAUGGGCUUGGUUGGGGAUUUUGGUGCGCAGCAGUUCAAGUAG